AAAAUGAUCCACAGUCUGUUUCUUAUAAACUGUACUGGUGAUAUAUUCUUGGAGAAGCACUGGAAGAGCGUUGUGAGCCAAUCUGUGUGUGAUUAUUUCUUUGAAGCUCAGGAGAAAGCAGUCGACGUUGAGAAUGUGCCUCCUGUCAUCUCAACACCACAUCACUACCUCAUCAGCAUCUAUCGGGAUAAAAUCUUCUUUGUGUCUGUCAUACAGACAGAAGUGCCACCACUCUUUGUAAUUGAAUUUCUGCACCGAGUAGCAGAUACUUUCCAGGAUUACUUUGGCGAAUGUUCUGAGACUGCAAUUAAGGACAAUGUAGUUAUUGUGUAUGAGCUUCUAGAAGAAAUGUUAGACAAUGGCUUUCCGCUGGCAACAGAAUCUAACAUACUGAAGGAGCUGAUUAAGCCUCCCACAAUACUGCGCUCCGUUGUCAACUCCAUCACAGGCAGUAGUAACGUGGGUGACACACUUCCCACUGGGCAGCUGUCCAACAUUCCUUGGCGCAGAGCGGGGGUAAAAUACACAAACAAUGAAGCCUAUUUUGAUGUCAUUGAAGAAAUUGAUGCAAUUAUAGACAAAUCAGGUAAGAUGACAUAUGAACUCAUAUUUGGUGUCUUUUUUUGUUGUUUUUUUUUUUUUAAGCUCUCAGGAAUUCCAGAUCUUUCUCUUUCUUUCAUGAACCCAAGGCUGCUGGAUGAUGUCAGCUUCCAUCCAUGCAUUCGGUUCAAACGCUGGGAGUCUGAAAGAGUCCUUUCAUUUAUUCCUCCAGAUGGGAAUUUCAGAUUGAUCUCCUACCGUGUCAGCUCACAGAACUUGGUGGCAAUUCCUGUAUAUGUGAAACACAUGAUCAGUUUUAAGGAGAAUAGUUCUUCGGGAAGAUUUGAUGUUACCAUUGGACCAAAACAGAAUAUGGGGAAAACAGUAGAAGGAGUUGUCAUGACAGUUCACAUGCCAAAGGCAGUACUUAACAUGAACCUCACUUCUACCCAAGGCAGCUAUACGUUUGACCCAGUUACUAAAGUGUUAACUUGGGAUGUGGGGAAAAUUACCCCUCAAAAGCUACCCAAUCUGAAGGGCAUAGUGAACCUACAGUCUGGAGCCCCCAAGCCAGAGGAGAAUCCAAGCUUAAACAUCCAGUUUAAGAUACAACAGCUUGCAAUUUCAGGAUUGAAAGUAAAUCGCCUAGACAUGUAUGGAGAAAAAUACAAGCCUUUUAAAGGUGUCAAAUACAUUACAAAAGCAGGAAAAUUCCAAGUCAGGACAUGAGAAGAUGCUCUACUUCCCAGAGGAAAUUCCCCUUUAAAAAAAUAAUAAAAAAUGACUUAGUGACUUAUGUUGCUAUUAAUUAGGUGCCAAUUAAUAGACAUUGAUUAGUUUGGGAUCAAAGCAUUUGGGCACAGCAGCUUUUAAAAUGAAAGCGUAGCUUUAUUUUUUCUUAAUAUGGCUUUAAAAUAAGGUACCUUUUGUUUUUUUUCUAAUACACUUUCACCCUUUUUUACUGAAUUGUUGUUGUGCUGGUGAAUAGUUAGAAAUAGGUAAUCCACAGAAUGUCACAAACACUACACUGCCAAAUCAGAUACCAAAGCCCAGAGGCCAAGCACACUAUAAAGGCCAGAUAGGCUACUGGGAAAGUCUUGUGGUGGCACAUUUUGCUGCUGCAGGAUGCAGAGAAAGCUCAAUUAUUCUUAUAGCCAGCUGCAAGCUGGUAUUCCACAAUGCAUCAUGUGAUCCCAUCAGAAAUGGAGAGCAGCAGAAUGAUAAGCAGGGGUCCCAAAGGGGCCUUGGACAUAGCAAAUGUCACUCCUGAGAAAGUGCUUGUGAUGAAGGAGGGGAAAAAAAAAUACUUUCCUUAUUGUUUACAAGAAACUACCUUUCUUAAGAAGCAUUUGCCUUAAUCUGCUUUCAUUUGUGCCAUCUGCAGAUGAGCUGAUAGAAAUAACAUUCUGCAUUAAAUCUGGGGGGUGAUUGUUGCUUCAGUAGUCCACUUUCUUUCCCUUCACUCUCAUCAUCAUAUUUGUUGUUUUUUAAGAAUACAGUUGCAGAGAGUAAGAUCUAUUUUUUAUGUGAAGCCUGAACUUUGAUUUAGAUGUUCCACUUGUUUGAAGCGGAUGCCACCAGAUUUGUGCCAUGUGUACAUUGGAGCAUAGCUUUUAGCACAGUAGAAGUCAGAUGUAUUUAAUGGCUGUAUGCUUUAAUGUAAUGAAAUAAAGGGAACUCUACUGCAAAUGCA